AAGUAGUAUAUCGAUACCGAACUGCGGUACUAGUAUCGGGUAUCGAUAUCGCAAAACGAUCCUUUUGACGUAGUACCGGGUGGUUUUGAAAACAUCACCUGUCAAAUUCAAAUUUUACCAGUUGAAUUUUUGAAAGGUAAACAUUUUUUUUUUUAAAUUAAUAUACAAAAACAUAAAAAAUUACUCAAAGUCACUAGUAUAUUUAUUAAUUGAACUUCCAAAAAAGAAGUUCCAGAAAUGGUUGAAGAUGAUUUUUUUAUGAGUGAUACCUUAGAUAACGUUUCAUUUCGUGAAAUAAAAAGCCAGCCCCACAACAAACCUGAUCAAAUAUCUUUCGAUGAUUCUCACUACUUGGACAAUUUCUCCUUUGAUUUUGAAGAAGCAACAAAGAAUGAGGAAAAACCUCUCACAGGUACCAACGAAUGCUCUAGAAUAUUAAACGAAACAAACAAAAAUCAUUAUGAUUCCGAUACCUUAUCAGGUUCAUCAAGUAGCUUAAUUUUAUUUAACUUGGACAUUGAGGAUGCCUCAGAUUCUGGAAUUGAUAGUGUCGAAAAUGAAUGCACCAAAAACUCAUCUAAAACACAUGUAGAUGAAAUUGUAUGUGAAACAAACCAAGAAAAGCUUUCCUUUUCUGAACUCACUAUCCCUGAAACUGAAAUUCACCAAGAAAGCCCAGAAGUUUCACUCUCAAAUUGCGUCAAAAAAUCUCCUUCACAAAAUACUGCAAAGUUUCACAAUGAAAAUUUUAAACUUGCCUCCUGGGGCCUGCCAGACCUAAUCCUAGAAAAAUACGCCUCACGAAAAAUCCAAAGUAUGCUCCCAUGGCAAUUUGAGUGCCUAAACAACCCCAAAGUUUUAAACGAAUGGUCCAACUUGAUUUACUCCGCACCUACAUCAGCUGGAAAAACUUUAGUAGCAGAAAUCCUUGCUUUGAAAACCAUAUUCGAAAGAAAAAAGAAGGUAAUCUUUAUUCUACCAUUUGUUUCCAUUGUCAGAGAAAAAAUGUAUUAUUUUCAAGAUUUAUUGAGCAGCUGUGGCAUAAGGACCGACGGUUUCAUGGGUUCCUAUAAUCCACCUGGCGGUUUCGCAUCUCUACAAUUUGCCAUAUGCACCAUUGAAAAGGCAAACAAUUUAAUAAACAGACUGUUAGAAGAAGGCAAACUAUCAGAAGUUGGAUGUGUAUUGGUUGAUGAAAUGCAUUUAUUAGGAGAUCCUCAUAGAGGUUACAUCUUGGAACUUCUUUUGACUAAACUGAGAUAUAUUGCUUUGAAAGAUGAAAAUGUUAAAAUACAAAUAAUUGGAAUGUCAGCUACUUUGCCUAAUUUAGAUCAACUAGCCAAAUGGUUAGAGGCCCAGUUAUACUUUACAGAUUUCAGGCCAGUGCCAUUGUUUGAACAAGCGAGCGUUGGUGGGGAUAUUUACGAUAAAAAUUUUCAAUUUAUAAAAAAACUAGAACCCCUACCUGAAAUUGAUGUAGACACAGACAAUAUUUUACAAUUGUGUUUGGAAACAAUUAAAGAUUCUUGUUCGGUGUUGAUAUUCUGUCCCACAAAAAACUGGUGUGAAAAUUUAGCUCAGCAACUAGCAGCAGCCUUUUGGAAAAUUGGCAACUCUCAAACUAUGUUGGGUGAAGUUUUAAGAUCCCAAAUAAACACAAAUUUGAUUUUGGAGGUGUUUGAACAACUAAAACUAUGCCCUGUUGGCUUAGACGAAGUUCUUAAAAAAACUGUAUCAUUUGGAAUUGCAUUUCAUCAUGCAGGAUUAACAAUGGACGAAAGGGAUAUUAUUGAAGGAGCUUUUAGAAACGGAGCUAUCAGAAUCCUUAUAGCAACAUCUACAUUGUCAUCUGGUGUUAAUUUACCAGCUCGUAGAGUCCUUAUUAGAAGUCCAUAUUUUUGUGGAAAACCCAUUGAUUUGUUAACUUAUCAGCAAAUGAUUGGAAGGGCUGGCAGGAUGGGCAAAGACACAAAGGGUGAAAGUAUUUUAGUUUGUCAAAAAAACGAUUGUACUUUAGCUAGAGAGCUUAUGCGAGGAAAAUUACCAGCUGUAGAAAGUUGCCUGGAAGGCGAUGGUAAACUUAAAAGAGCAAUUUUGGAAAUUAUUGCUAGUGGUGUAGCAUCUUCAUAUGAUGAUGUUGCACUAUUUGCCAGCUGUACUUUAUUAGCAGUCACUGACAAAGAAAAUAAAUUUGAAAACUUAAUUAAUCAAGUUCUUAAAUAUUUGGAACAAUAUGAAUUUAUAAGAUCAGAUAAACAAAGAUAUGUUACAACAUCUUUGGGCAAAGCUUGCUUGUCAUCUUCCAUAGCUCCAGAUGAAGGUUUAGCUUUAUUCACUGAACUUGAAAAAGCUAGACAAUGUUUUGUACUUGAAACUGAACUCCAUUUAAUUUAUUUAGUUACCCCUUACAAUGCUUGUUAUUCAUGGGGCAACAUUGACUGGAUGUUUUAUAUGGAUUUAUGGGAUAAAUUGUCUAUUCCCAUGAAAAGAGUGGGACAACUAGUAGGAGUAAGGGAAUCUUACAUGAUAGGAGCCUCCAGAAGAAAAAUGGACGAUAAAAAAGGCUUUCAGACAAUGAUGGUUCAUAAAAGAUUUUUUGUCGCACUAGUGCUUCAAGAUUUAGUAAAUGAAGUACCACUAGGAGAUGUUUGCGUAAAAUACAGUUGCAACAGAGGCAUGUUGCAGUCAUUGCAACAAUCUGCAGCAACUUUUGCAGGAAUGGUAACUUCGUUUAGUCAACAACUAGGCUGGAAUAGUAUAGAAAUUUUAUUUUCGCAAUUUCAAGACAGGAUGCAUUUUGGCGUCAGUAGAGAUCUUUUGGAUUUGAUGCGUUUGCCAUCUAUAACUGGAAAAUUAGCUAGAACACUUUAUAAUGCAGGAAUAGAAAGUUUGGUGCAAUUAGCUAAUAAUGAUAAAUGUGUGAUUGAGAAGAUAUUUUUACGGGCUGGACCUUUUGAGAGUGCUAAAGAUGAUAAUAAGAAAGCUAAUUUGAGGACUAUUUGGGUAACAGGUAAGGCUGGACUCACGGAAAUUGAAGCUGCUGAAUUGCUGAUAAAUGAGGCAAGAAAUUAUUUGGUUAUUGAAAUGGGUUUGAAGGAAGCCAAGUGGAAAUCGCAAGCUAGUCAAAAUUUAAAUAAAAGCAAUGUGUCUAUGGAGAAAAGUAAUUCAGAAAUUGAUGAUCUAGAAAAAAAAUCUUCUACACCUAUUAUUGUAUCUUCAAUAAAUUUAAAUGAUAUUGCACCUGAGGGAAAUAACAAAAAAACAAAAAAUACAGCAAAACCUUUGGAAAUUUCUGAUAUUUUAAAUAGUAACUCAUCACUGGAACUAAAUCUUUCUACAUCGUCCCAAUUUAGUUGUCUUGAUAAUACAGGUUUUAAUAAAAAUAUUAAUACAGAUAAAAGUCUAACUGAUGAUGAGAGUUUUUCACUGCUUGAUAAUGAUUUAAAUAAAUGUACUAACCACAUUGAAACAAUAGCAGAAACUGAAAAUUUUUUUGAAGUUAGUCAACCAACAUCUAAAAGAAAAUUAAAUUCGCCUAAAACUGAGGCAUCAUUUGCAAGCUCAGACGAUUCAGUUUUAGAAGCCACACCAACCAAGAAACCAAAAAUAUUAGACUUAUUAAAUACUCCCAUAAGUUUAUUAAAAAAUUGUGAAACCAGCUUUGAAGAAGAAGACUUAUUUGCAGAGCUUGAAAUUGUUGAUGUUGCUUCAGAUGAAUUACUAAAAACAUUUUUUAAAGAAUUAAAUGACAAAUCUUGUAUUGCUUUUUGCGUGGCUUGUAUUGAAAAAAUUGAAACCAAGCCUGUUAUAGGGGGUAAAGUAAUUGGCAAUGAAAAAACUAUAAGUGGUUCAGAGUGUAUAAGUUACAAGGAUAAAAAGGUUCACGGUUUUACAUUUUGUUGGGGCAAUACGCAAAGCUACUUUCUGUCAGCUGAUAAUAAUAAAAUCCUCAAAAAACUAAAAGAAGUUUUUGCUAAUAAACAAAAAUGCAUAAGAAUGUUUAAUGCCAAGGAACAAAUUAAAAUUUUAAAACUUUGCUGUGACAUCGACUUUGGUUGUAAAAUUGAGGAUCCAAAAAUAGCUGAUUGGCUUUUAAAUCCUGAAGGAAACGAGAAAAGCUUUCAAACAAUGAUAAACAAUUAUGAUGAGAGAUUACAGGAUUUAGGGCAACUUUGCUCUGAUAUAAACUGUCAUACAAGUAUUGGUUUGAAUGUUAAGUCUUCAACAGAACCAAAAUUGAGAGCUUCAAUUGAUGCUGUAGUCACUUGGCAUUUAGUUGAAGCUGUAAGGAAGGAACUUGCCAAACGGAUGCCAAAAUUUAACGAAGUUAAUUACUCUUGUUUCCCUUCAACUUAUGAUCUAGAAAUGCGCAUAAUAAUAAGUGUGGCCAAUAUGGAAUUAUGUGGAAUGAGUGCUGAUAAAAUUGCCUGGCAGAAUUUGGUUGAUUUGUUGAAGAAACAGCAAUAUUCUAUUGAAAAGAAAGCAUUUUCAUUGGCAGGCAGGAGAUUUAAUUUCAAUUCGCCUGCUGAAGUUUCAAAAGCCAUUGGUUCCUACAGUGGUAAAAAACCCAACACAAGAAAAAAAACCCUGGAAAAAAGCCAACAUCCAAUUUCUAACUUGGUCCUUGUGUGGCGCAAAAUAAAUUUCAGCCUCACAAAAAUCAUCUAUCCCCUGAUAAGAUGUUUGGAAACCAACAGACUAUAUGGUAAUUAUGUCACCCAUACAGCCACUGGGAGAAUAACAAUGCACGAACCCAACAUACAAAUGGUACCCAAAGAUUUUACUAUUUGUGAUCCAGUCACAAAUGUGGAUGUUCUAAUAAGUUGCAGAAAUGCUUUUUCUGCUCCAGAUGAACAUAUUUUGGUGGCUGCAGAUUACUGUCAGUUGGAAUUAAGGGUUUUGACUUAUUUGUCUCAAGAUGAACUAUUGAUGGAUAUUAUGAGAAAACCUGGAGAUAUUUUUUUGUCUAUUGCGGCUAAAUGGAAUAAUGUAACUGAAGAAAGUGUUGAUGAAGAUAUGAGACAAAAUACCAAACAACUUUGUUAUGGAAUAAUUUACGGUAUGGGAGCGAAAACGCUUGCAGAACAAUUAGAAAUUUCAGAAGAUGAUGCUUUAUAUUUUAUGGAAACUUUUAGAAGUACUUAUCCAGGUAUUAAAAAAUUUAUUAAAGAAACUGUAGCAUUUUGCACAAGUGCCGGCUAUGUUGAAACUAUUACUGGACGUAGACGCUUUUUACCUCAUAUUACUAAUAGCAAUUUGUCAGCUAAAAAUCAUGCUGAAAGACAAGCAGUUAACACAAUAGUACAAGGAUCCGCUGCUGAUAUUGUUAAAAACGCCAUGGUCAAUAUUGAAGACAAAAUUAAUACGGUUUUUAAAAAAACCAGGCACAAACCUAAACUAACUUUACAUCUUCACGAUGAAUUAAUUUACGAAGUGCCUAAUAAAUAUUUAGAUAAGACUGUUAAGAUUAUAAAAAUUGGUAUGGAAAAUUCGGCCGCAAUGUUCGGAGCUUUUCCUGUUAAAGUUAAAACAGGGAAAUCUUGGGGCACGUUAAAAGAAUACUUGUAAUUUUGAGGUUUUUACAUUUUAUAUUUUUGUCUAAUUUUUGUUUGAAUUAGUGAUACCUAAAAUGUGAUAUAUUUAUUAUUCUAAACUCAAUUUUUUUCAAAAUAUUUAUCAUUGUACUUUUUUCUAAAUAAAUAUUUUUAUACAGCUUUUGAUUUAAUUGCAACAAGUGCUACAUUUUCCAAUGUAAUACUUGUUUCUACAUAAUAAUGUAAAAAACAUUCUAAAUUGUGUUCUUUUAGAUGCAUCAAACGUCCCCAGUUUAUGAUGUUUUUACACCUUCUUCCUAUUUCUUCUCUUUCAGCUUUGCCUAGUCCAUAAUCUUGUUCAUUAUCUGUCAAUUUGUUUUCUUCAAACUCUCUGCUACCACAAGUAGCCCAACUUGAUAAACGACACAUAACAUUGAAGUCUGUAAUACUCAAGCCAUUUGCCUGUAAAAUAGAAAAUUAGAUAAAGCAUUUAUUAAAUAUUGCUGUAUUUACUUUAAAAAAUGAUUUUCCAGUAUAAGGUGUCCACUCACAACGGUGAUGGCAACAGAAAGUUAAAAUUGUUCCAUGAACUUUAUUUUUUGUUUCUUCUGUACUUGUUAAACAUCUCAAAGUCAAAUCUGUAGCUGCCCCACACAAAUGCUUAGUAAUGCCAACAAUGUGUUCACUAUUUUUAAUAAUAUCAAUUUUGUCCAGUACUAUGUCUGCAAUAUCCGCUCUAAUUCUUUGAAUUUGAUCAGUGGUUUUUGCUAGUUUGUUGUCUUUUUUGUGUUUCGGUGAGUCUCUUUCUAUAAGCAAAAUUGUAGAGUUUUUUUGGGAUUCUGUGGCUUUGGCUACCCAAUAACUUAGCUGGCCUCUACCAGCACCAAAUUCGAUAUAACACGUAUUGUCUUUGAGCAUUUUGUAUUUUUGUAAUAGACCUACAAUAGCUGAAGCCUGUUUUAGAUGUUUUUUUGUUUUAUUUCCGUAUUCUGGUUUGAUUUCGUUUUCAAUUAAUGGAAAGGUUAGUAGGUUUCCGGAAAUAGUGAUAUUGUUGUUAUAGAUUUUAUUGACUCUAUCUAUUAUGGUUAGCACUUGAGCUUUUGGGAAUGAUGAUAGAAUUUGCAGCGUAUCUUCUUCUACAGAUGUUUCUGGGAUACCUGAAUUUAUAUUUUUUUGAAUGUAUGGUUCUUGUUUUUGAGGACGGGCGUUGCAUAUUUUUAGAUGUUUUUCUAGAUUAUUAGCAUAAACAGUACUGGAAAUGAAAAGUUGAAAAAAUAUUAUUUCUGAGUUCUCGGAAAG